GGCCUGACUGCUAAACCACUGAUAGGAUUCACAGGAAACCAAGGGAAAAUCUCAAUACCGCAGUCGGAGAAUCCAAAUGAGCUGCGAACAUUUACGUUCUACCUGUCCAAUGUGGGAAAGGACAAUCCCCAGGGCAGCUUCGACUGCAUUCAGCAGUAUAUUACAAGUGAAGGGAGCAUACAGCUGGACUGCCUGGGAGGGAUCCAGGACAAAAUCACGGUAUGCGCCACGGACGACUCCUACCAGAAAGCCAGGCAAAGCAUGGCUCAGGCCGAGGAGGAAACCCGCAGCCGGGGAGCCAUCGUCAUCAAGCCUGGCGGGAGAUACGUGGGUAAGCGUGUACAAAUCCGGAAGCCGAUAACGGGUGUGUCGGGUGUGACACAGUCACGAAACUUCUCACGGCCGGUCAUCUCCAGCAGUCUGAAGAAGAGCCCGCCGCGGCCACUGAGGGAACGGUUGGUGCAUUUACUGGCCCUAAAACCCUACCGCAAACCCGAACUCCUGGUGCGGCUCACGAAGGACGGCCUGUCUCCUCAGGACAAGGAGACGCUGGACUGCCUCCUGCAACAGGUGGCUAACCUGAAUAGUAAGGACAACACCUUCACAUUGAAGGAUUGCUUGUUUAAGGAAGUUCAGAAGGACUGGCCUGGUUAUACUGAGGUGGACCAGCAAAUUCUGAAGAGAAUUCUUGUACGAAAACUGUGUAAGCCUCAGAGCAGUGGCCCUGUGCCUGGGGAGAGUCCGGUCAGCCCGCACAAAGAGCCAGACAGCAGCCCGCCCUCUCAGAAACGACCUGCAGCAGAGUUCAUCGAUCCUUUGGCCAAUAAGAAACCCAGAAUAUCACAUCUAGCCAGUAAGUCUACAGGGCUCAUCAAUGGCAAACUGAGCUCAUCCAAUGGGAAGGACUCAUCUAGUUCUCAAUCAGCAGAGACGUUGUCGAGCUCCCACUUCCCUCUGCUGGAGAUCCCCCGACCCUUCGACCCCCUUUCGGAUGUCAGCAAUGACUCCAAUGGCCGAGACUGUGAAAGUCAGGAGGCGGCGGUGGCGGAGAGACUGAGUCAGCCCCCUUCAUUCGCCCCUCGCUCCACAACGCAAGAGGAAGGCCUGGGCUCCACAUCCCCGGCCCACAGCAGCUUGGACGGGUCUCAGACCCAGAGCGCUCAACCCUCCCUGCAUGGCAAGUCAAAGAAGAAGUCCAAAAAACACAAGGACAAAGACAAGUCCAAGGAGAAAGACAGGGACCGAGAGUGGGACAUGAAGAAGGAGAGGAGAGUUGACGAAGACCGUGGCUUGGAUCAGAGGAAACCCUGUGAUGUCACAACGAGCGAUAGGAGCCCAGGUCUGAACGGAACGUGCCAUAGCUCCAGUAUUCCUGCAUCUUCGUCAGAGACGGCAGACUAUUUAUUAAAGUACACCAUGAUAAGCUCACAAGAGCAACGUCAGAGUUACAAAAACGACUUCAACGCAGAGUACAGUGAGUACCGGGGCCUCCACGCACGGAUAGAGAGCAUCACCCGACAGUUCACUAUACUCGACUCCGAGCUCAAACAACUCCAGCAAGGCACAGAUAAGUAUAAGACAAUCCACAAUCAGAUACUUGAAGAGUAUCGCAAAAUCAAAAAGACUAAUCCAAACUAUAGCCAAGAGAAGAACCGCUGUGAAUACCUACACAACAAACUGGCACAUAUAAAAAAACUGAUCGCAGAAUAUGAUCAACAGCAACUGCAAAACUGGCACUAAUAACAAGAUUUUUUUUCUCUUUUUUUUCUCCUUAAUCUUUCGGUCUCUUUUGAGAGAGAGAGAAUGUCUGGAUUAUUUGUUUUGUUUUGUUUUUUUGGCUUGCUCUAAAAACAAGUUGCUCUAAUGUAAAAUGCCACGAAACGGAUUUGUUUUCUUUUUUUUUUCCCCCGUAGUGGGCCAAGUGCUCUAGUAAGGACAAUGCAUACCCAUGAUUUUCAUUUUUUAUGGGACUAUAGGGACAUGGGUGUACUACUCAGCCAUGCUUACCUGUGUAGCCUAAUGCAUUAUGGGAUUGGUUGCCAGCUCCCUUCCCUUCUCAAAGGUCUCAGAGUGUGAAAGGAAAAACGGUUCUUGGGAGAUCUUUCCGAACCGUGAUAACCAACACCCAUUCCCAGAAUGAGAAGUGAAGGUUUAGAAAAAAAUUAAAUGGAUUUUUUUUUUCCUGUAUGUACUAAAAUGGAAGGCCCUAAUGCUAAACUAUAUUUAUUUUCGUCUUCCAUAGGGAUACAUCAGUCCGGUUAUGAUUUCACACAGCUAAACCUCUUGUCCCGUCCCUUUGGUCUGUCUUUCUUUAAUCAGUCAGUAUUUUAUGCAAAAGCUGCCUUGGAUUUCGAGAGAUCCCUAUUGCAGUACACCUUUUUCCCCCCCUUGUUUUCUUAUUUUUAGAGUGCUGUAGUGUCUGAAAUAGCACUAUUUGGCUCCUUAUUUUGUGCAAUGCGCUAGACCACGUGAAAUGGACAUGAAUUGGAUGCCCAUGGGAAGAAGAUAACCGUCUGUUUAGAGGCUUGGACAGUAUCAGUAUUAAUAUACUA